UAAUUUAAAGGAUCUGUUUCACAAUAUCUACGUAAAGUCCUGAAUAAGCUACUUGCCAAUAAUCUGACCAAUAAAGUCAUCGUUGGCAUUUCAAAAAAGCUUCACUGGUACAUAAAGUGCUUAGUUUUGCAGGUAGUUUUAUCUGGCAGUUAAUUUAUUUGUUAAAUAGCUAUCCAAUACUUUACUCAGACUUUGUGAAAUUACCUUAAAAUACCAAAAUCAUUCAACCAGGGUUAUUUAUUUUUUUAUAAUUAUGACCCAUUUUUUUUGUUUUUGAGUGUUAAGUUGGCAGAAUUGAAUACUACAGCAUGCUGAACUGUUGAAUUUAUAAACCAUUAAUAUUUUAUUUCUAAAUUUUAUUUGCCAGUGCGAAAUGAUCAUUAUUUAUAAAAGUUCCCACUCUCUGAUUCUGUAUGAUGGCUCAACAUAAAGUAAUGUAUUUUUAAUGUGGCCUCCAUUUUAUAAUAUAAAAUGAUGUGGCUUAAGUCUCACCCGGUCAUAACAUCAACUUUUACUGGACACUUAACUUUUUAUCACACAAUGGAACAUUUAAAAGAUUUCGCGUCAGAGUUUUCAAAACCUUUCGCAAUUUGCUUUGAUUUGUUGGCAAAGUCCAAUAUUUCGAUUUACAAUGAAAGUAAAAUUCGGGGGAAAUUGCGAAUUUUAGCGUUGGUUGUUUUCUACGUUACUUUUUAUUCUUCAUUGGUAGUAAGUUUCAAGAAAGUUUUCACUGGAGAAUUGGGGUUUUACGAGUUGGCGAACCUGUUACCUAUUUUUAUAGUUGCCACGCAAGGUGCAAUGAAGGGAAUAGUGAUUGUUUCAAAUUUGUCAAAGGCCAAAACAGUAAUUGAUGAACUUGGGUCCAUGUGGAGGACCACUGGUCUGACCAAAACCCAGCUUAUGAAGAAAGGGGUUAUGCUGAAGAGGCUGAAUCUUUGUAAUGCAGUGUUCUACUGGAUGAACAUCACAGGCACAUGGCAGUACAUUCUGGUGCCAUUAUUCGAGACUCUAUUCCGUAAUUUUGUGCUGGGACAGGACCAACUACUGUUCCCCUUCCUAUGCAGCCUACCGUAUGACGCAAAGAGGAAUUGGAUGGUCUAUUUAGGGACGUACUUUUGGGAAUCCUACAGUAUGCUUCAUUUAAUAUACAUGUAUCUCGGCGUCGAGUUUUUAAUGAUCACUUUAUGCUCACACCUCGCCACUGAGUUUGAGUUGCUUCGCGAAGAAAUGCUCCACGCGAAACCAAUCUUAGAACACUCUGAAAAUACAAGCUAUAAGGACCAUAUUGGCAGAACGCUAUCUUAUUCUAACAAUGAAGAUGAUGAUGCUAUUGAUUAUUUUGAAGAGGACAGCAAUGAAAACGAAGUUCGCGCGGAUGAAGAUGGACCGAAUAUCCAAGAAGUUAUAAGAAGACAUCAGACUUUAAUAAAGUUGUCCGAGCUUCUAGACGACAUUUUUAAUCGCAUGAUCUUCUUCAAUCUGCUUUUCGCUACCAUAACUAUUUGUUUCUUUGGUUUUGUUGCUAAGAUCGCGCGGGAUCUUCCAGAAAUGGCAAAUAACUUUGUUGGUGUUGUUGCCUCCAUGAUACCUAUAUUCAACCUAUGCUAUUAUGCAGAGUUACUGUCUGGAGCAAGUGCCGGGGUCGCGGACUCUGCUUAUCAUAACUUAUGGUACGAAGGCGAUACGCGAUAUCAGAAGAUCAUUAUCUUCAUCAUUGUGAGGUCCCAACAGCCAUGCUGUUUGACAUCUAUGAGAUAUGCGCAAGUUACUUUGAAUACUUUUACCACGGUGCUGAGUACUACGUGGUCAUAUUUCUCAUUAGCAAUCAGCGUAUAUGAAACUUAAAUAGAUAUAUAACACAUAUAAAAACUACAUGUUAACCUCUUAAGGCCCAGCCAUACAAAUGAAAAAUCCUAAACCUAUACUGCACGGAAUACAGUAGAUUUUAUUUUGUAUGAAAAUUGCACGAAACAAAACAAAUGCAACUCUGUCCUAAUUGAAUAUUAUUUAAAUUUCAUCGAACUGAAUAAGUCCUAUAGGUAGGACCUU